AUGGAAAGCAAACGGAAAGGAGAUCGCCUUUACGUGCAACAUGUUGUGGAUGCUAUUGUGAAUUUCGUCUAUACUUGUACAACCGGCUUCUUGGUCUAUGUUUUGUUGUCUAAUACCUACAAGUCACGUAUGGUAGCACUUCGCGGUGUUGCCAUUGCGCCAAAACUGAAAUGGGAUGUGCUUGAAGUUGUGGCAAUCAUAUCGGCUGCCCUAGGCUUUGAGUACCUUAUUAUCCGGUUCGCCUUGUGGUUAAAGAGUAGGCAGUCCGACUCUCUGGCGCAAAGCUUACCGGUUGAUGGAAGUGAGGAAGAAAAGCGUCUAAGUGAGGAAGAAAAGCGUUCAAGUGAGGAAGAAAAGCGUUCAAGUGAGGCAAAAGAAGCAGAUGCCCUAUGUUAA